CAUUACCCUCACAAUACGUUUGAUUUGUUUCAAAGUAGUUAGAAAACUGAACGUCGUUAUGAAAAUCCAGUUCAUAAUUGUCUCAAUUUUAUUUGGGAUAAGCGUUGCAGAAGAUGAAUGCCUAGCUUGUGAUUGGAAAAGUGAACUUCAUUGUGGAACGGUUGCUGAUGGCACUUGUGUCUUUACUGCAUUAAACCGAUGCCAAGUUGAGCGUGUUUCUUGCCUUCGGGAGCAAAAAGAAUUACCACCAUUUACCCAAAUUAAGAAAGGAAAAUGUCCAAAGGGUAAACCGAAGUGCAUCAAACCUUGAAUUACAUUUAAAUAACUACGUUACUCUGUAGAUACUUUAUUAAGCUUUUAAAUAACUAACUACGUAUUUUAUUUUUUAGUGUGCGUAGUGUACAUUUCGUUAUUUUUAUACCCUUGCAGAGGGUUACCAAUUUCAGUCAGAGGUUUUUAACGCAGUGAAGGAGACAUUUCCCACCCUACAAAUUAUAACUUUGCCGCUUUUUAAUUUUGUUGUUGCUCUAUAGAUAUACAGUAAUGGUCUUUUAUUUUAGAAUUACGAAUUACAUUUUAUCAACAUCGGAGGACUAUAUCAUAUAGCAUCAAUAGAAACAAUCGGAAUACUACAAAAA